AUGAAGAAUCAGGCUACCGAUAAAGGCUAUCUAGUUUCAGCAGUUUAUGCCAAAUGCUCUGCUAGAGAAAGAAGAGAUCUUUGGGAUAGCAUUGACAACAUCAAAAACAUUUGGGAUGGACCAUGGUGUAUAGGAGGAGACUUUAAUGUAAUUAUGGACCCAAAAGAAAAGUGUGGAGGAAAUCCAUACAGAGCUAGUAAAAGUCUGGACUUUAUCAGCAUAAUGGAAGCUUGCGGUCUAAUGAACAUUGGCUUUACUGGACCAAGGUUCACAUGGUGCAAUAAUAGAAGACCUCAAAAAAGAAUAUGGAAAAGGCUUGACAGAGUUUUGAUCAAUGAUAUUUGGGCCAAUGAUUUUAAUAGCAAUACUGUGGUACAACAUGUUUGGGAAACAAGAAUUGAAGGAAAUUCUAUGUGGCAACUGCAGUCUAAAUUGAAACUGCUUACUAAAAGACUAAGUCAGUGGUCAAAGGAUAGCAUUGGAGACAUCAAUGAGGAGGUGAAUAACUGGGAGGCCAAAAUGCUAAUUCUGGAGGAUAUGGACCUUCAAAACAACACUGGUAAUGACAGAGAAGAGCUGAAUAAAGGUUAUGCUGAAUAUAUUAGAUGGUUGGGACUGCAAGAUAAUAUUUUGAGGCAAAAAACUCAGACAAAAUGGUUCAAGGAGGGUGACUAUAAUUCAAGAUAUUUUCAUUGUAUCUUGAGAGAUAGAAGAAGGAAACUUCACCUGCACAGAAUCAAGAACAUGAGAGGUAACUGGAUUGAAGGUGAUGAGAAGAUUUCUAGAACUGCUAUCAAACAUUUCAAGAACUUAUUCAACCUUAACUAUCAGGGGAAUGAUCACAGAAUCCUCAAUUGCAUUCCUACUCUGAUUACUGAUGAUGACAAUGACCUGCUCAAUGCAAUGCCAAUGGAAGAGGUAAUUAAAAAUGUUGUCUUUAGCAUGAAUGCUGAAAGCAGUGCUGGCCCAGAUGGUUUUAGUGGUAAAAUUUUCCAAUUUUGCUAG